UAUAGCAGCCCUGCUCCAUUUCGCUGCCUAACUCUGUCCUGAAUGUACUAGAGUAGGGAUGGUCUGUCCGUGGCUAUAAACUGCUUCUCAUCAGGAAACUACAUUAGCUCACCAUCACUUCAAAGGUCUCGUCAGACAGAGGUGACGCCAGGAGAUGAUUUAAAGGUGAACAUGACAAGGUUUCCACCCCUCAAACCCUGGUUCCUUUUCUGACAAUACAGUGAACGAGCCCAACGUCUUCACAACUGUGGAAACAGAACUGGAAGAGAAAAGCUUGCCUUUUUUUUUUCUUUUCUUUUUAUUUCAAUUCUUAAUAAAGAAUUGCUGGGAAGCGUUCUCUUUGAAAAAUCAGAGAACUGUGGCACAGAUGGAUUUUAAAAAGUGUUAGCUUUUUCCAAUGAACACUAGGAGGGUUCCCUGCUCUUGGCUGGAUUUUUCAGAGAAUGGCAAUGGUCUCUGCAAUGUCCUGGGCCCUGUACUUGUGGAUAAGUGCUUGUGCGAUGCUGCUCUGCCAUGGGUCACUCCAACACACCUUCCAGCAGCAUCACCUGCACCGGCCAGAAGGAGGGACCUGUGAAGUGAUUGCGGCCCACAGGUGUUGUAACAAGAACCGCAUCGAGGAGCGGUCGCAAACAGUGAAGUGUUCCUGUCUACCUGGGAAAGUGGCUGGGACAACAAGAAACCGACCUUCCUGUGUGGAUGCCUCCAUAGUAAUUGGGAAAUGGUGGUGUGAGAUGGAGCCCUGCCUAGAAGGAGAAGAAUGUAAGACACUCCCUGACAAUUCUGGAUGGAUGUGUGCUACAGGCAACAAGAUUAAGACUACACGAAUUCACCCAAGAACCUAACAGGAGCAUUUGUUAUAUAAAUAGGAAAAAGAACAACCUGUGGAAAAUACGUUGUGAGGAUUUAAAACAUCUUCCAUACUUGCAAGCCAAGUGGAUCUCUUAUCUGCACUUUGGUUACCAGAUAAUCACAGUGCACUUACUCUGAAACACAGUAUCCCAAAAGAAGAAGACUCGGAUUUUCUGGCAACGUCAUGGAAAAUGGCUUUAAAAAAAAAAAAAAAAAAGUUUUCUCUGUGAAAUUUGGGAGAUCAUGAAGAAUGAUCAACUGUCUUCUAAUUUGGAACUACCAUUACUUUGUACCAUUUGAAAUAUAUAUGUAUAUAUAAUAUUUUGAAAUAUUAUAUAUUCUCUUCAAGAAAUGAACAGUACCACAAUGUGAGGUGGCUGGUGUAUCCCUUUCAGUUUUGGAUGUUUGGUCGGUUUUGUUUCCUUUGCCAUUCCUUUUUCUCUCGCUAAGGAAGAUACAUGCCCAUGUGAGAAUCCAACAUGGCACUCUCCCCGGAAGGCCAGCUGCAAGCCGACUCCUGGAAGCUGAGGCACCCUAACAGUACUGAGUCAAGAGCUUCCCCCUGUUUCUACCUGGUGACCCUGGGAAGCUCCUUGUCUUGAUUUAUUGCUUUCUAUCCUGUGCAAUAUUAGCAUGCAAGCUUGGCUUACAUAACCAUACUUUAUAUUCGAUUGAUAUAUAAUAACCGUUCUAACCUCUUCCAGGAAAAUAUUUUUAGAACUACUAGAUUUUCCACAGAUAAGCAAAUGAGGAUUCUUGAGGGAGCUGCUCCACCGUGCUAUUAAGACUCUGGCAGGAUGGUAGGAUGUAGAUCCCUAUAUUAAUAAGUCCUGUAAAUACAGUGUCUUAGGGCUUUGUAUAGCUGUCCUAGACUACAGAAGUGUCCUCUGAUUAAAUCCAAAGUCUGCCAUUGUUAACUCCAUAGUGCUGUAGCGACACAUUUUAUCAUGGCGCCUCUUUCUAUGUUUGCUUUGCUUCUUCCUAGAGUGUUCAUCUCUCCUCUGAUGAGAUAGGAGAGCUAUGGAAGCAAUUAGGUUUCCCAAUGAUCUAUGUGACCAAGUGUUGGACAGCCCUAUUAAAGUGGUAAAUAACUUCUUUCUUAACCCACUCGUCCUCUUUGUCUGCCAUUUAGUUUUAUAGACUCUCUUUUAACUAAACCGAGAGAUCAUGAGACUACGGAGGCUAUUAUUUCCAACAAUAAUAUUUUGAAACUUAGAAACUCAUUAAUAUGAUUGUAGUAAAAUAUCCAAUUACAAUUUCUGGGAUUCUAUGUGGGUCAUUCUGAUCAUAUAUAUAUAUAUAUAUAUAUAUAUAUAUGGGGCUCUCUCUCACACACACACCAAAGAGAGGGAAAAAACCAACAAAAACCUAAAAUCCAUUCUCCCUGUGUUUUUUCGAGUUACUGAGCUGAGAGGUAAGAGGUAAACACCUACUUAAGGUCUAGUUUUCCUGGGGAAAAAGUUAAUGGGAUUUUACACUCUCAUGUCUUCUCACAACUGCAGGGUUUUUUGUUUUGUUUUUUUUCCCUUCCCAAAUUUUUCUCUGGCAUCUGUGUUGUUGGAGUCUCUUAGUAAAUCACAGCACUGUAGUCCCUGAGUCUGUACGUUUAGGAUCAAACCUCAAGUAAAACACUCAAGAUCCCCUCUUAUUAUACCCAGAAAGGUCAAGUUUAAUUGAAUGUGUGACGUUCUAAUCAAAAAAAAAAAAAAAUUGAGUCUGUAUUGUGAAGGCCUGUAAAAUGAAUGCAUCUAGACAUAGAAAUAGAAUCCCUACUGUAAAAAUGAGACUUCCAAAGGCUUUGGUGGAUAUUUGCUAAAAGAUAACAUAAAAUCUGUACCAGUAUCCAUGAAUAGUGGCAAGUGAUAGCUAGGCAUCACUGGAACGUGGUAGCUAGGCAUCACUUGAAAUCUCAGCACUUGAAACAUGGAGGUAGGAAGAUUGCAAGUUCAAAGUCAACCUGGGAUACAAAUCAAGACCCCUGGCCCCAAACAAAGAAAACCAUCUGUGACCGCACUCAUUUCUUAGUUUCACAGCACUGAUUCAAGGGCCAAGCAAUAUGCUGGUAAAAACAACCUUACAUAUGUCAACUUCAGAUUCAAAUUAAAACCAUGAACCCUAAGAAUUAUACAUUUGAGGAAAAAAUAAAAUAGAAAUAUUUGCCACAGAAUUUAGUAGAACCUUUAGUAUAACCAAAGAUGAUAUAGCAUCAAGGAAGACAAGAACAAGAGAGCCUGGUUCAAAACAAAAACAAGUGUUCAGCAUUCCAGCAUGGCGGGCCAUCACUUCGCUCGAUAGGGGAUCAUGUGAAAUGGAGCCUACAGAAAUUUACUUUUUGGUGAAUUUACCAUAAUCACAUUGCCAUAUCUUCAGUGUUUCAGGAAAUGCAGAAAUCUAGAGCUUUGCAUAAAAGUCCCUAACAGUCCUAAUAAAUAAGCCAACUUCA